CCGCCGCCCCCCGCCGCCCCCCGCCCGCAGCGCAGACUGAGACUAAUUAUGGAAGAGAAAUCCAAACAAUGACAGAAAAGAAUUAGUUUUCUUCUUCUAGGACAGUCAUGUUGGAAGGAUUGGUAGCCUGGGUCCUCAACACCUACCUGGGCAAAUAUGUCAAUAACCUGAACACAGACCAACUUUCAGUGGCACUUCUAAAGGGUGCUGUUGAAUUGGAAAACUUGCCACUAAAAAAAGAUGCCUUAAAGGAGCUGGAAUUACCAUUUGAAGUAAAGGCAGGUUUCAUUGGCAAAAUAACACUACAGAUCCCUUUUUAUCGUCCACAUGUGGAUCCAUGGGUGAUAUCUGUCUCAAAACUGCACUUAAUUGGUGCACCAGAAAAAAGAGAAGAGUUUGAUGAGGAAAGGGAAAAGUUGCAAGAAAGAGAACACAAGAAAGCCCUUCUGCUGGCACUUGAAGAAAAAUGGAAGAAAGAGCAACAACAGAAAGGGGAGUCUUACUGGUACUCAGUUACUGCAUCUGUAGUCACGAGAAUUGUAGAAAACAUUGAAUUAAAAAUCCAGGAUGUGCAUUUGAGGUUUGAAGAUGGUGUCACAAAUCCCUCACAGCCGUUUGCAUUUGGCAUCUGCAUCAAAAAUGUCUCCAUGCAAAAUGCCGUGUUUGAACCAGUGGAGAAGCUGAUGCGGAAAAAACAGAUGGAUGUUGGUGAUUUCAGUGUUUAUUGGGAUACUAGUUGCACUUUACUGGGUGACCUGCCUCCUGGUGAGCUACAGGAAGCAAUGGACAGAAGUAUGGAAAGUCGUGAUCAUAAUUACAUCAUGGAGCCUGUCUGCACUUCUGCUCUUCUCAAGAGAAAUUGUUCUAAGGAGCCUUUAAGAUCCCGGCAUACUCCGCGGCUGGAAUGUGACAUUCAGCUUGAGACGAUACCCCUGAAGCUCUCCCAGAUGCAGUAUCAGCAGAUCAUAGGAUUUUUAAAGGAACUGGCUAGAAAGGAGCGACAGCUUAAAUACAGGAAGUGGAAACCAAAGGUUACAGUAACAGAAAACUGCCGGGAAUGGUGGAUCUUUGCCCUGAAUGCAAAUCUUUCGGAGAUCAGGGAGCAGAGGCAACGUUCCACCUGGGCAUUUGCCCUGCAUCGGGCCCGGGACGCGGUGUCCUACACGGACAUGUACUACAGCAAGCUGAAGGGGGAGCCACUGUCUGCUGCAGACCAGGCAGAACUGCAACGUAUUGAGGAUGAGCUGACUUAUGAGGAGUUGAAGGUUCUGUAUGAGAUAGUUCAUAAUAAAUUUCAUGACUUAGCUGAGAGUGUUAAAGAGCCCUUCCCUGAUUGCACUGGAGGCUCCCCUCCGGCAGAACCCGCCCGUGACAGCAGCUCUGGGAUGCUGCAGUACCUGCAGUCGUGGUUUCCUGGCUGGGGAGGUUGGUAUGGAUAUGCUCAGCAGACAUAUGAAGGUGAACCUUUUGAAGGGCUGCUGCCAGACCCGAAGGAACAGUGGAAUCCAGAAGACAUACUGGGCACGGAUGAAUUUUUUGAUCCUGCUGCAGAUGCUUCCAGCAUGAAUACCUUUACCAAGAGAGAUCAUGUUUUUGCUAAAUUAAAUCUACAGCUGCAGGGUGGCUCUUUCACUCUGUUGCAUAGGAAGAAAAAGGUAUUGCGUGCUGAAGAGACUGCUUUUAUGCAGCUGGAGUUUUCAGGUGUAAAGAUCUUGGCAGAAUCCCUUCCUCGCAGAAAGUCUUCCCUUCUCAAAAUUCAGCUUGGUGGUCUUUUCUUGAGGGAUUUGGCAACAGAAGGGACCAUAUUUCCAGUUCUUGUUUUUCCAAAUCCUCAAAAAGAGGUUGGCUGCAUGUCUUCCUUUGGACUCCAGAGUUUGUCCUCAGAAAUGACUAAUCAGAACACUGAUCCUGAUGCCCCAGUAUUUGAGAUGCUUUAUGAAAGAAAUCCAAUUCACAGCACCUUUGAGAGGCGCCUGGAAGUCAGUACCAGACCACUAAAUAUUAUUUACAAUCCACAAGCCAUUAAGAAAGUAGCAGACUUCUUCUACAAGGGAAGGGUUCAUACCUCAGGUUUUGGUUAUCAGUCUGAAUUAGAGGCAAGAGUGGCUGAAGCUGCCAGAAGACAGUACAACAAGCUGAAAAUGCAGACAAAAGCUGAAAUCAGACAAACAAUCGAUCGUUUAUUAGUUGGAGACUUCAUUGAAAACAGCAAAAGCUGGAUCGUGUGCCUUGAUAUCUCUGCCCCUCAGGUGAUCUUUCCUGAUGAUUUCAAGUUUGUGGAUCCCGUGUUAGUUGUUGUAGAUCUGGGAAGAAUAUUACUCACAAAUUCUCAAGAAGAUUCUAAGAGGAGUGCAGGUGCCAUUUCUUCAGAAGUCAAUGAAUUGAGUGAUGAAGAAUAUAAAACACCUCUUGCAACUCCUCCCAAUACCCCACCGCCAGAAUCCAACACCAAUAGUGGCAUCAAAAUGUCUGAAUUUACUGGAGUAGAAAUAAGUGAAGAGCAGCUACAGGCACAUUUAAUGAGUAAAAAAAUGUAUGAGAGAUACACGCUUUCUUUUAUGGACCUUCAGAUCAUGGUGGGCCGAGUGAAAGACAACUGGAAACACGUUCAGGAUAGUGAUGUGGGUCCAACUCAUGUGGUAGAAAAAUUCAAUGUUCACCUGCAGCUGGAGCACAGACUAAUAUACACAUCUGACCCAAAAUACCCAGGAGCUGUCUUGUCUGGCAACUUGCCAGACUUGAAAAUUCACAUCAAUGAAGACAAAAUGCUGGCUUUGAGGAACUGUUUGACACAGCUGAGUACGUCUGAAGCUAAGUCUUCAGAUGCCCUACAUUUAGGGAAAGACAAGAUUUUUGCAGAGGUAGACCAGUUUGGCAGUUUGCACGAUUCUGUAAUGAAUCUAACACAGAGUGUUGUCAUGCUCGAGCAGCACACCCGGGAAGUUCUUGUUGAAUCCCAGCUGCUUUUGGCUGAGUUCAAAGUCAACUGUAUGCAGUUGGGUGUUGAGAGUAAUGGGCGAUACAUCUCUGUGCUCAAGGUUUUUGGUACCAAUGCCCAUUUUGUGAAAAGGCCUUAUGAUGCAGAGGUGUCCCUGACUGUCCAUGGCCUGUUACUGGUUGAUACUAUGCAAACAUAUGGAACAGAUUUUGAUCUUUUGAUGGCUUCUCAUAAGAACUUGAGCUUUUAUGUACCAACAGGAAGCCUUCGAGACAGCAGGGCUCAGUCCCCAGUCUCGGGAUCACAAGAUACACAUCCCAUUGAUGUUGCUGGUUUGGCAGAGAGAUGCAGUACAGCCUCCAACACCUCACCCAGUAACAAUGGAAAAGAUCAAGAGGCCUUGAUAAAAUUGGAGUAUCAGUUUGUGAGUGCAGAAUGCCCAUCGAUGAACUUGGAUAGCAGUCUGCAGGUGAUCUCUUUACAGGUGAACAACCUGGAUAUCAUCCUUAACCCAGAGACUAUUGUUGAACUGAUUGGGUUUCUCCAGAAAUCUUUCCCCAAGGAGAAAGAAGAUUCUAGUCCUCAGCCUUUAAUAGCCGACUUGGAGAGAGGUUGGAGGGAGCAGGAAACAUUCCAGUCUACUUAUGCACAGAACACAGAGGUAGCAGUUGAUAUUCACUGGUUAAAUGUACUCCUCCUCAGGACAGUUGCCAUGACAAAUGGAGAAAAAUACGGCAGAAAAAUUGCAACAGCCAGUAUUGGUGGCACCAAAGUCAAUGUCUCCAUGUGUAGUAAACUGGAUGUGAGUGGCUCUCUUGGAUGCCUUCACCUUGUGGAUCUGAUCCAAGACAAUGUAAAGAACCAGUAUGUGGUGAGCAUAGGGAGCACAGGGAGGUGUGAAAAUCUCAUUGGCAAUGUAAAUUUCUUUGAAUCUUUAUUCUUUAGGCUUGAUGAUGGAAAUAGCCUUCCAGAUGCUUUAAGUUUCACUUUCACAGAAAAGUCGAAAGAGGAGUGUUCUCUCAACCUCAAAAUGGCCUCCUUACACUACAACCACUCAGCCAAAUUUUUGAAAGAACUGACGUUGUCCAUGGAUGAGCUGGAAGAGAAUUUCCGCAGCAUGUUGAAAAGUGCAGCUUCAAAAGUUACAACAGUCUUGGCAACUAAAACUGCUGAAUACAGUGAAAUGGUUUCUUUGUUUGAUACCACACCACGAUCAAGAGAUGUUGCCAGUGCAGAAGAUAACGAAGGCGGCACAUUUGGAUCACAGUCCCUCAAAGCUGAUACUAUCAAGCUUAUAUUAAAUGUAAACAUUGAAUCUCCAAUUGUCUCCAUACCUCGAAAGCCUGGUAGCUCUGAACUGCUUGUAGGUCAUCUAGGACAAAUAUCUAUUCAGAAUUUUGUUCCGGGAGAAGAUGAGUCUACAAGUGAUAGGCUGCAAGUUGAAAUUAAAGAUAUUAAGAUGUAUUCAUUAAAUAGUAGUCAAUUUACAAACAAGAAGGAGCCUGCAAGUGGGACACCCCGAGGGCCACAUUCUUCAUCAGGUCCUGCGAGCACCAACAGCCAGGAAGAAUCUCAUUUUACUCGUCAUGACUUCUUUGAAUCACUACAUAAAGGUCAUGCUUUCCACAUUCUGAAUAACACCACGAUCCAGUUUAAAUUGGAAAAGAUACCACUAGAGAAAGAUUUGGAUUUAACUUUUCCUCUGUGUAAUGAAGACUUUGGAAUAUCAAGCAUUAUGAAAAUUGAAGGGAAAUUUGUGAACCCUCUUCAGGUGGUGUUAGCAAAACAUGUAUAUGAACAAGUCCUUCAGACUCUGGAUAAUUUAAUUUACAGUGAAGACUUGAACAAAUUUUCAGCCACUUCUGUAUCUCCAACUAGUCUUAGUUCUCCUUCAGCAUCACUUCAUAGUACAGGCACAGAAUUCUUGAGUGAACGGAAGGAAAAUGGCUUAUUCAGCCACUCUAGUUUUAAUUCUGUUCCAAACAAGCCCUUAGCUAUCAGGGAAACAAAAUCUUUUACUCAAAUUCAAGCAAACUUUCACAUCUCAGAGCUCCAGGUUCAGUUAAGUGGUGAUCUCACACUUGGGGCACAAGAUCUUGUCAGCCUUAAAUUUCAGGAUUUUGAUGUUGAGUUUGCCAAAGAUCACCCUCAAACCUUGUCCAUUCAGAUUGCCUUGCGUUCCCUGCUGAUGGAAGAUCUCUUGGAAAAGAAACCAGACUCUAAGUAUAAGAACCUCAUGGUGUCCCAUGGAGCACCCAAACCAUCCAGUUUAGCACAUAAGGAAUAUCUUUCACAGUCCUGUCCCUCAGUAUCCAAUGCAGAAUAUCCAGACAUGCCACGUUCCCUCCCUUCCCAUAUGGAAGAAGCACCUAAUGUCUUUCAGCUGUACCAAAGACCAGUUUGUGCCUCCCGUAAGAAGCAAAAAGAAGAUGCUGAUUCUGAGUAUCCUCUGACUCCACCUCCUUCUCCAUCAGCAGACAGAUCCAAGUUGCCCAGUGGAAAAAGUAACUUUGAUGAUUCAUUAGUUCAUAUCAAUAUAUUUCUGGUGGAUAGGAAACAUCCUGAAUUUUCUUCUCGCUAUAACAAUAUUAACCGUAGUGUAGAUGUUGAUUUUAAUUGUCUAGAUGUGUUAAUAACUUUGCAAACUUGGGUAGUAAUAUUAGAUUUCUUUGGGAUUGGAUCCACUGCUGAUAACCAUGCUAUGAAGCCGCAGCCUGAAGAUACUCAGCAGACAAUCAAAGCAGAAAUAAAUUCCUUGUCAGCUUCUCAAGUCCAAGAGCCUGUAAACACUAAACUGGAUCUAAAGGUCCAUUCUUUAUCCUUAGUCCUGAAUAAGACAACCAGUGAGCUUGCUAAAGCCAGUGUGGCAAAACUUGCAGCUCACUUGGAAGUGAUUGAGGGAGAUUUAGCCUUGCAGGGAAGUAUUGGAAGUCUGUCCUUAAGUGAUCUUACAUCUCAUGGAGAAUUUUACAGAGAACGUUUCACUACAAGUGGUGAAGAGGCACUCAUUUUUCAAAUCUUCAAGUACGGGAGGCCGGACGCGCUGCUGCAGCGGGAGUGCGACGUGCGCGUCAGCCUGCGGAUGGCCUCUGUGCAGUACGUGCACACGCAGCGCUUCCAGGCCGAGGUGGUGUCCUUCAUCCAGCACUUCACUCAGCUCCAAGAUGUCCUGGGGCGGCAGAGAGCAGCAAUUGAAGGACAAACAGUGAGAGAUAAAGCCCAGCGAGCUUCCCGAGUUCUUCUUGACAUUGAGGCUGGGGCUCCUGUUCUGCUUAUACCUGAGAGCUCCAAGUCUAACAGUCUUAUUGUAGCUAAUCUGGGCAAACUGAAAGUGAAGAACAGAUUCCUGUUUGCAGGAAUGCCGGGUACCUUUUCAUUAAAGAACAAGCAGGAUUCGGUUCAAUUUUCCUCUCCUAUGGGAACCCCAAAACACAACAUGAAGAAAACAAGUGCUGAUGAGUCCAAAUUAGCAAUAGAAGGGUUGGUCAUGAAAAAGUCAUCAGGACCAAACAUUUCUAGGCUGAAGAGUGAGCCUGCAGUGAGCACAUCGAGCAAGCAGCAAGGACAGCCAUCGAAGCUGCCUGUUGUCCCAAACCCUGAGAGCCCAGAGGAUCACAUCUGCCUCUUAGACUGCAUUGUAGUUGAUCUGCAGGACAUGGACAUCUUUGCUGCUGAAAGAUACCAGAGAGAGUAUUCCAAGGCUGUGGAAGAUACCAGUGCAGAUUUGAGCUUUCCAUCCUACUUGGUGAGGCAGACAGGAGGGAGCCUGCUGACAGAGCCCUUCAGACUGAAGUUAAAAGUAGAGAGAAAUUUGGACAAAGAGCUGAGUCAUGCUGUUGCAGACAUUUCAAUCCAUGGCAACCUGUCCUCAGUGCACUGCUCUCUGGAUCUGAACAAGUACAAACUGAUCCGUGGGCUGCUGGAGAACAACCUCGGGGAGCCCAUCGAGGAGUUCAUGCGCCCUUAUGACUUGCAGGAUCCAAAAAUUCUUACAGUUUUGAGUGGAGAAGUGUAUACUUCCAUGUCAUUCCUCAUUGACAUGGUUAAUGUGAGCCUGGAACUGAUGGAUCCAAAGGGAAAAGAUGGAUGCAGCUCUUUAGCCAGGUUUGAUUUUAAGAAAUCCAAGUUGCUUUUUGAAAGCUCUUCAGAUGGAACAAAGUCUGUAAAUCUAGUCUCUCAUUCCAUGAUGGCCUUUGACACUCGUUAUGCUGGACAGAAAUAUGCUACAGGCCCCCCAAAUGUCUUCAAUUGCAUCUUUCAGUCAUCAAAGAACACCAGUAGCCCAGGAGCAAUCCAGAUUGAAUUGCAUUUCAGGUCUACUAAGGAUUCCUCCAGUUUCACAGUUGUUCUGAACAAUCUUCGUGUGUUCCUGAUAUUUGACUGGCUGUUACUGGUUCAUGACUUUUUAUGUACUCCUGGAGAUGCCAGGAAGCGGGAAAGUCCCCAUCCGUCCCGGCAGCGAACCUGCAUCAGUGACACGACUGUUGUUCCCAAAACUGUGAAAAGUGGAGUAGUUACCAAACGUUCCUCGCUCCCUGUGACAGCAGAAAAGCAGCUGGAAGUCAAGGUUAAUGUGACAGGAACUGAAUUUGUGGUUGUUGAAGACAUGUCCUGCUUUGAUACCAAUGCAAUUAUUCUGAAGGGAACAACUGUUCUCACUUACAAGCCCAAGUUGUUAGAUCGUCCUUUCUCUGGCAGUUUGUUUGGCAUUGAGGUGUUUUCGUGCCGGUUAGGAAAUGAGCAAGAGACUGCACUGUCAAUUAUUGAUCCAGUACAGAUUCAUAUGGAACUAAUUGGGAAUUCUUCCUACCCAAGUGGUUCAGGACUGCUGGAUGCUUUCAAUAGUGAAGAUUUUCCUCCUAUUCUAGAGAUUCAGUUGCAAGCCCUGGAUAUCAGACUGUCCUACAAUGAUGUUCAACUCUUCUUGGCGAUUGCAAAGUCAAUUCCCCAACAGACAAGUGCAGCUCUGCCUGACUCAAGUGCUGGGAAUGCUGCUGAUCCCUCCAGUUCAGCCCCGGGGCAUGAGAACUCCUUGGCACAUGAAACCAGAGAUGUAUCCAAACGUGUGCUGGAUCCUGUUCUUGAAGUCCAGCUGGCUCGCCUCCAGGAGCUGGGAUUCAGCAUGGAAGAUUGUCGUAAAGCUCUUUUGAUCUGCCAAGGUGACUUGAAAAAAGCAGCAAGUUGGUUGUUUAAGAAUGCUGAACCUCUGAAAUCAGUUUCCCAGACUUCUGGUCGAGAUAGCCAAGGGAUUGUGCCUUUCCAGUUCAUCUCUGGAGUGGAAAUAAAGGCAGAAAGUAUCUGCAUCUGCUUUAUAGAUGACUGCAUGGACUGUGAUGUUCCCCUGGCUGAAAUAACAUUUUCAUGUUUGAAUUUUCUCCAGCAUUUGAGAACCAGCCCUGAAGGCUACGCUCAUUUUACCCUCUCUGGAGAUUAUUACAACCGUGAGCUUUCAGGUUGGGAGCCAUUUAUUGAGCCGUGGCCGUGCUCGGUGUCUUGGCAACAAGAAGCUUCCAGCCGCCUCCAGCCUUCCCGCCUGAAGCUGGAAGUGAAGGCCAAACCACGCCUGGAUAUAAACAUUACCUCUGUUCUCAUAGAGCAAUACACAUGUACCAAGCAGUCCUGGAUGGAAGAUUACUGUAAACAGGACAAAGAAGUGAAUGUAAUCAGCUCAGAAGACUGGAUGGGUUCUUCGGUGGAUCCCCCAUGUUUUGGGCAGAGCCUCCCUCUUGUCUACCUUAGAACUAGGAGUACAGCCAGUUUGACUAACCUAGAGCAUCAGAUCUAUGCUAGAGCUGAAAUGAAGACCCCAAAGCGCAGGCAGCCGUUUGUCCCCUUUGCUCUGAGGAAUCACACUGGGUGCACUCUCUGGUUUGCCACCCUGACUACAACCCCAACCCGGGCUGCGCUGUCUCAUAGUGGGAGUCCAGGUGUUGUUCCUGAGGAAAACGGGACGUUGCUGGGUGAUGCCCAUAAUGUCAGUGAAUGGCAAGAGGUUAUCACUGGGGAAGAGGUUCCGUUUGAGUUUGAAACCAGAGGGAAACUCAGACACAGGCACACACAUGAUCUAAGGAUUCAUCAGUUGCAAGUGAGAGUAAAUGGCUGGGAAGAAGUGAGUCCGGUGUCCGUAGACAAAGUUGGAACAUAUUUCCGAUAUGCUGCACCAGAUAAGAAUUCCUCCUCUUCUACUCUUGGAAGCCCAAUAAGUAGAACAAAUAUAAUACAUCCACAAGUCUAUUUUUCUUCAUUGCCUCCAGUUCGUGUGGUGUUUGAAGUCACCAUGGAGGGGAGUGCCCGGAAGGUGAUAACAGUGCGCUCAGCCUUGAUGCUGAAGAACAAGCUGGAAAUUCCAAUGGAACUGCGCCUGGACAGUCCUUCUGCCCCUGACAAGCCUGUAGUCCUUCCAGCAGUUAUGCCAGGAGAUUCCUUUGCUAUUCCAUUGCAUCUCACAUCCUGGCGUUUGCAAGCCAGGCCCAAAGGAAUGGGAGCCUUCUUCUGUAAGGCUCCUAUUCACUGGACUAAUGUCCAGAAGGCAGCAGAGGUGUGCAGCAGCAAGAGGGAGUGUCAUUCCAUGGAGUCCGAAAACAGCCGAUUCUUCAGGUUUUGUGUGGCUAUAAAGAAAGAAAAUUACCCAGAUUACAUGCCUUCCAGCAUAUUCUCUGACAGUGCUAAGCAGAUUUUCAGGCAGCCUGGGCAUACCAUUUAUCUCCUGCCAACGGUGGUAAUCUGCAAUCUGCUGCCCUGUGAGCUGGAGUUCUACGUGAAGGGUUUGCCCAUCAGUGGGACACUGAAGCCUGGCAAAGAGGCCGCCUUGCACACGGCUGACACAGCCCAGAACAUUGAGCUGGGGGUAUUGCUAGAAAACUUCCCAAUCUGCAAAGAGCUGUUGAUUCCUCCAGGAACACAAAACUACAUGGUGCGGAUGCGAUUGUACGAUGCCAAUAAACGGCUGCUAAAUCUGACCAUACGGAUUGUGUGUCGUGCUGAAGGCUCUCUAAAAAUACUAAUUUCAGCUCCAUAUUGGUUAAUCAACAAAACAGGAUUGCCACUUAUCUUCAGACAAGAUAAUGCAAAAACAGAUGCAGCUGGUCAGUUUGAGGAGCAUGAGCUUGCUAGAAGCCUCAGCCCACUGCUGUUCUGCUAUGCUGAUAAAGAGCAGCCAAACUUUUGUACAAUGCGGGUUGGAAAAGGAAUCCAUCCUGAAGGUAUGCCUGGCUGGUGCCAGGGUUUCUCCCUGGAUGGUGGUAGUGGUGUCAGAGCCCUCAAGGUGAUCCAGCAUGGAAACCGGCCAGGCCUCAUCUACAACAUUGGUAUUGAUGUUAAAAAAGGCAGAGGCCGUUACAUUGACACCUGCAUGGUCACCUUUGCUCCCCGGUAUCUGUUAGACAAUAAAUCAAGCUACAGACUGGCCUUUGUUCAGCGGGAAUUUGCCCGAGGUCAGGGAACAUCCAAUCCUGAUGGCUACAUCUCCACCCUGCCUGGUUCCAGUGUUGUGUUCCACUGGCCACGGAAUGAUUAUGAUCAGCUGUUGUGUGUGAGGCUGAUGGAUGUCCCAAACUGCAUUUGGUCCGGGGGCUUUGAAGUCAACAAGAACAAUUCGUUCCACAUUAAUAUGAGGGACACCCUGGGAAAAUGUUAUUUCUUAAGAGUAGAAAUUACCCUUCAAGGAGCCACGUAUCGCAUUGCGUUCAGCGACACCGACCAGUUACCGCCACCUUUCCGCAUUGACAAUUUCUCCAAGGUCCCAGUUGUGUUUAAGCAGCACGGGGUGGUGGAGCCCAGGCUGUCCACUGAUGUGAAGCCCAUGACCUCUCUGGAUUACGCAUGGGAUGAGCCAGUCCUGCCUCCCUUCAUCACACUGACAGUGAAAGGAGCAGGCUCCUCAGAAGUUGUCUGCUGCAUGAAUGACUUCCAAGACAGCAAACAACUUUACUAUGAAAACUUCAUCUAUAUUGCUGCUACAUAUACUUUCUCAGGGUUACAGGAGCCAAGUGUAAGACCAGUUACUUCAAAUAAGGAUGCUGCAAAUGCAGAGCUUGUCCUCGAUGUUUCUUCAAAGACUCAACGAGUUUUGCUGAAAAAGAAGGAGCCGGGAAAGCGAUCCCAGCUCUGGAGGAUGACGGACUCAGGAAUGCUUUGCCAUGAAGGUUCUUCAGUUCCUCAUAACCCCCACAAACCUUCUCCUCGCUCCGAGGACUCCAGUAUGAUUUUAGAUAUUGCAGGCCUAGCAGCUGUCACAAAUAACAGGUACGAGCCCCUGAUGCUGAGAAGGCCGGAUCGGCGGCGCAGCACGACCCAGACGUGGAGCUUUCAGGAUGGGAAGCUGACCUGUGGUAUCCAUGGGCUUGUUGUCCAAGCAAAGGGAGGAAUACAGGGUCUUCAUGAUGGAGCUGAAGUUGUUCUAGGUCCUGAUAACUCACUUGAACUUUUGGGGCCAGUUCCACCUGAACAGCAGUUCACAAACCAAAAGAUGAGGCCUGGCUCAGGAGUACUGGCUGUGAGAGUCAUGCCAGAUGGGCCAACUAGAGUUCUGCAGAUAACUGAUUGUAACCAACGUAGAAAUGAUCGUUCAUUCAGUGAAGGAGAACAACUUCCAGUUACGGAACAAGACCUGCGCAAGUUCAAAAAUCCAGACACAGAGCAGGAAUUAGAAGUGCUUGUGAAACUGGAAGGUGGAAUAGGAUUGUCUUUGGUCAACAAAGUCCCUGAAGAGCUUGUUUUUGCAAGCCUCACCAGCAUUAAUGUCCACUACACUCAGCUCUCGACUGGUCAGGUGCUAGAGCUCAGUGUGCAUGAUAUACAGGUGGACAACCAACUUAUUGGCACCACACAGCCUUUUAUGCUCUUUCUGACACCCAGUAUGAGUGAGAAUGGGCCCCUGGACCCUGCACCUGCUGUACAAGUCAAUGCCAUGAAAUUUCCCAGCAAAAAUGCCCUGACUGAUAUAUACAAGCAUCUGAUGAUCACUGCCCGAAAGUUCACAGUUCAAAUUGAGGAGAAACUACUUCUGAAGCUAUUGAGUUUCUUUGGCUACGGCCAGUCGGAAUCAGAGGUUGAAAAGUAUGAUGAAAACCUCCAUGAGAAGGUUGUUGAACAAGGCGGAGCACAAAAACGAUACUACUUUGAAAAUCUGAAAAUCAGUGUGCCUCAAAUCAAGUUGAGUGUCUUCACUUCCAACAAGCUCCCUUUGGAUCUCAAGGCAUUGAAAAGCACACUGGGGUUCCCUCUGAUCCGAUUUGAAGAUGCUGUGAUUAAUCUGGAUCCUUUCACUCGGGUCCAUCCAUAUGAAACUCAGGAGUUCAUCAUUAAUGACAUUCUGAAACACUUCCAGGAGGAGCUGCUGAGUCAGGCAGCCAGUAUUCUAGGUUCUGUGGAUUUCCUUGGCAACCCUAUGGGUCUACUGAAUGAUGUUUCAGAAGGCUUUACUGGACUUAUAAAGUACGGCAAUGUGGGUGGUCUCAUCAGAAAUGUCACUCAUGGAGUAUCAAACUCUGCUGCAAAGUUUGCUGGGACGUUGUCGGAUGGUUUGGGAAAGAUCAUGGAUAACAGACAUCAGACAGAGCGGGAAUACAUCCGAUAUCAUGCUGCAACCAGUGGAGAGCACCUUGUAGCUGGAAUCCAUGGACUUGCACAUGGUAUCGUUGGAGGAUUGACAAGUGUCAUAACAUCGACAGUGGAAGGUGUGAAAACGGAAGGAGGGGUCAGUGGUUUCAUAUCUGGCCUGGGCAAGGGGCUGGUGGGCACUGUCACCAAACCUGUGGCAGGAGCACUGGACUUCGCGUCGGAAACCGCGCAGGCACUGAGGGACACCACGACCCUGAGAGGCCCCAGGACCAAGGCGGAGCGAGUGCGGAAGCCCCGGUGCUGCAGGGGACCCCAGGGGCUCCUGCCCCGCUACCUGGAGAGCCAAGCAGAGGGACAGGAGCAGCUCUUCAAACUGACAGACAACAUCCAGGAUGAGUUUUUCAUCGCCGUGGAAAACAUCGACAGCUACUGUGUGCUCAUCUCCUCCAAGGCCGUGUAUUUCCUGAAGAGUGGAGAUUGCACAGACAGGGAUUCCAUCUUCCUGGAGGUCAGGUAUGACGACCUGUACCACUGCCUGGUGUCCAAGGACCACGGGAACGUGUACAUCCAGCUCACCAAGAAGGCAGUGAGCACGAGCAGCGGCCUGGCCAUGCCGGGCCCCUCCCAGCAGCGGCCCAUGGUGAAAGUGAAAUCAGAAGCUCUGGCAGUAAAGGUGUCCCAAGAAAUCAACUAUGCAAAGAGCCUUUAUUAUGAGCAGCAGCUGAUGCUGAGACUUAGUGAAAAUCAAGAGCAACUCGAGCUGGACUCUUGAAAAUCCAUUUCCUCACUGCCAGAAAGAGCUGCAAGUACCAGGCUGGAGCCAGGACUGUGUGACUAGAGAAGGAAAAAAUACAAUUUUAGUAUUUAGAGAAAACAAAAGAGGUGGCUUUUCUUUUUUAAGCACUAGCUGUAUAACAGAGGUGUAGCUGACACAGCUUUGGGUCUGGGAGAAGCCCUGUAUUUUGCUAACAUGUAUAUAUGUACAAGUGUCCAUGUAAAUAUGCCGGGCAGCGGGUGUUGGUAUAAAUAUGAGUCUGUUUACUGUGUAAAGAAAUUAAAGGAGCUCUACUGAGUCGUACUGCACUACCUGACAGAAGCUCUUCUCUCUCUAUGUCUUUUUUUUUUUUUUUUUUUUCCUUGAGAAAACUGAUUUUCACAGUGCAGAAAUGUAGAUAAACCUUUAAAAAAUAAAAUCAAGAAUUAAUUUCAGCUUUUGGA